AUGUCCCGACCGCAGCUCUUCGUUCCCCAGCAGGGGCAAUCAGGACCGUCCAAUUUGCUACCUUCGGGAUGGCAAUCCGUUCCGCAAGGCCCUCCUGGACCGUUUGAUCAAUUCAGUGGACCGCCAGGAUUCCGUCCACCGGCAGGCGGAGCAGGGAUGCAGCAGCAGCCGCCGGGAUUCGGCUUCGGUCCGCCACCUGGACCUCCCAGUGGAAUCGGCGGAGGUGGCGGAGGUGGCGGAUUCGGAUUCGGGGGACCUGCGCCUGGCGGGGGACCCAUGGGUCCGCCGGGAAUGAUGGGAGGACCGGGCGGAGGAGGAGCGGAUGCGGGUCAUAACCCGUUAAAUGACAUGCUCGCGGGGGCUGGGUCAGGGUUCAUUCGGUCGGGCCUGGGUGCUUAUGGCGAGCGGCUACUAGGGAGCAGUCGUGCCUACGUUCAAAACAACGUGGGCAAGUACUUUGCAUCCACGGACUUUCACUACUACUUCCAUGUCAACGAUGCCUACGUGCGCAACAAACUCAAAAUCAUUGUCUUUCCGUUCCUACACAAGGGCCACUGGACGCGGGUGGCAGAGCAGGUGGCCGGGGGUUUGACCUACAAGCCGCCAUGCAAUGACAUCAACGCCCCGGACCUCUACAUCCCUGCCAUGGCCUUCGCCACCUACGUGGUGCUCGCUGGACUCUCCGCUGGUCUGCUGGGCAGGUUCGCCCCAGCAUUUGUGAAUGCACGUGUUGGCAAGGGAUUAAUCGGGUGGUUUCUGGAGGUGCUGCUGCUUCGAACGAUACUCUACUCGUUGGCAUCAGGCGAUGCUCCACUGCUCGACCUCGUGGCAUACGCUGGCUACAUGUUUGUUGGAAUCUCCCUGACAAGCCUCUCUUGGGUCGUGUGGCGGAUGGCCUACUUUCCGGUUUUGAUUUGGACAAGCUUGUGCAUGGCGAUGUUUCUUGUGAAGACAAUGAAGCGGGUAAUGUUUGCGGAGACCCGGCACUACGACCCUUUAGACGACCUCAAUAAAUCCCACGAUAGGUUGGUGAUCAUGGCUGACGACGAGGAUGAGCAGCUGCAACGGGCCUUUCGCAUGAGCUUAACGAGUCAUCCCGCAGCAGACUCCUCCCCACGAAACCCUCAGACAAGCAGCAGCGGUAUCAAUUCCCAGUCCACCGGCGGAUUGAAUACCAGUCCUGACCAUUGCCGCCCAUCCGCGAAGCGCAGCAAAUCUGAAGAUGAAGGAUCGGAUCCCGGACAAGCGGGAGGGGGUGGUGGUGGCUAUAGCGGGGGUUCUUAUAGCGGUCGCGUGGCAGCGCGACCCGAGACGGCGGAGGAGCGCGAGAGACGGAUACAGCGGGAGAUUCGAGCAGCAGCCGCGGAACGACGAAUGGCUGCUUUAGGAAAGCCCAGUGCAGAAUCGGUCAAAUUCAAAUCAGCUAAUAUCGGAUCAGCCGUAGCCUCCUCGGGAUCUCCAGCUGUUCCCGCCUCGAGCCGUCCUCAUAGCACUUCUGACAGGCCCGAUCCACAUGUAGAUAAGGCUCCCACGAGUGCUUCUGCUCCUGCCAAUCCCGUUCCGCCAUGUGUCCACGAUGUUGACAUGGCGGAUCAGGCAUGUGAUUCGCUGGCAGCGCAGACUAGUGGAAAGGCGUCAGUAGAAGGCAAGACAGGAGACGUGAGGGUGUCGGGAACCCGAGACGCGAGUUUAGGAGGGAAAAUUACAGAGGGAAGCGCAACGGAAGCUGGGGGAUCCCAAUCGAACUUGGCUGUAUUUGAAGGAUCUGGCAUUGGGGGGUCUGGGAAUGCUCGUACAGCAGGUGGUGGGGAGGUUGGGGUGGGUGGAGAGGGGUGGAGGGAGGCGGAGAGGCGUUGGGAGGCUGAGCAGGGGUUGGCGGAGUUGCCAUUGGACGACGCGUUUCGGCUGUUCGACAUGGUGUUUGGGCGAAACCCGCCUGCUGCUACCCUCUCGCAGUGGUCCCGACAGGGCUUCAGGUUCAGCGACGACCCAGCGACUUCGCUAGGGCUGGUGCAGAGGGAGGGAGGGCCGUGCGGGGUGCUGGCGCCAGUGCAGGCGCUGCUGCUCAAAUACCUCCUCUUCCCCCCCAUGCCCGCGCACCCCGCGGAUUCCUCCCCGCCUUCCGCUUCCGCCGCCCUUGCUGCUGGUACUGCUGCUGGUACUGGGGAGAGGAAUGCUGGGCAGCAGGGGGGGCAGCAGGCGAGGAAGGAGGGAGAGGGAGGAUGGGAAGAGGAUGAUAUUAGGUUUUAUGACUCGAUGCCUGGUCUGGAUGUUCAAGCAGGAGAGGGGGAGGGAGAGGGUUCGGGCGACUCUGCUGCGCUGCCAGGCUUGGAAGCAGUAAGGGACGGAGACGGGGAGGGGGGAGAAGAAGAAGAGAGAGGGGAAGCUGCUCUGAUCUUCUCGCAGGUUGAGAGACGAAGAGCGCUGGUGCUGGCAAUGGCAGAGUCCUUAUGGGUGCCAAGCAGGGGGCAGAAAGUCGUCAUUGCUGCUCUAUCACCUCACAGGCUGGCUGCUUUGGCUGCUUCAGCCUCUCAACAACCGCUGACCAGCCCAAUCAGCGACGCGACAGCACUUCAAGGAGCAGUCAGAGUGCGACACCUGGCGGGGGCGUCGCACGCUGACGUGGCGAAGGCGCUACACCGGCUGUUCCCGGUGUUUGAGAGUGACUUUGGCGCGCUCCUGCUGCUCUUCUCAGUGCUGCUCUCCCGGGGACUUGAGCGAGUUCAAGAGGACAGGGAUGACCCAGAGCCACCGCUUGUCACACGCCCAUUUGGCCACGCCUCGCAGGAGAUUGUGAAUCUGCUGCUGUGCGGUGAGGCAGUGGCGAACGUAUUUGAUGGUACCAUGGACUUGGGAGGAGGCAUGGCGCUGAAAGGAAUUCCCUCAGAGGCCCAAGUCGGCUUCCUCACACUCCUCGAGUCCCUCAACCUCUGCAAGGUCGGGCAGCGGCUGAAACAUCCCAAGCUGCCCAUCUGGGUGGUGGGCAGCGAAUCGCACUAUACCGUGCUCUUUGCGCUUUCGACUGAAGUCCAGGAGGAGAACGAUGCAGAAGCAGAAGAGUCGCGGGUCAGAGAGGUGUUUGACCGGUUUGAUACCAGCGGGGGAGGGGGUUUUGUCGCUGUGGAGUCGCUACAGCCCAUGCUGGCUGAGCUGAGGGUAAAUUUCCCUCCGGAAACAAUAGACUCGCUUUCGGCGCUGGGGGUGAUUGUGUGGAACGAGCUGUGGCAGGCUCUGCUGAAGCUGGACCGAUCCCAGGGGGGGUUCAAGAGAGAGGGGUCGAGUGGGGGUCGACCUGCCAGCAGGAAGUUUGACUUGUAUCAUUUCAAUGGGAUUGCAAAGCGGGUGCAGACAGUAAGCAGCACUGCAACAGGAGCAGGAGUGUCUGGAGGAAAUGGAGCAGGGAACAUGUCGUAUGGCGGUUUGGAUGUGCCGCAACGUGUGCUAUCACCGCCGUUGACUGCAGUGGAUCAACGGCCGAGAUUAGUCCGGCUUCAUGUGACUGUGCCGCCCAAAUGGUCGCCGGAAGAUCUGAUGAUGAUACCAAGGCCGGAUGGCAGUGGGGUGGAGGAAAUUCCUGCUGAGGUGGUGGCAGACUCGUUCGAUUCUAGUGUGAAUCCUAUGCAACGUGCUUCGCGUGAAGCUCCCCUUGUGGAUUGUAUCCGCACUCGAUGGCAGCGAGCGUCGUGCACAUGGGUAGGGGAUGCGCCAUCUAUUGUGUAG